ACACGUCGUGUCCUGAGUCCAUUAACCGUAAAAAAGUGCUUAGUUAUGUUAAUGAGGAAGUAGGCGCACCUGAUAUACCUGGUAUAUAAACCAGAAACGUUCUUGGUUUUUAAACUCAUUAGACUGUGAAGGUCCGCUUUAAUAACUGUUGUGGAGUAUGAGUAUGACAACCACGAUGAAGCACCUUUGUGUUGCGCUUGCAUUCGUGAUGGCUUUAGAAUGCUGCGGCGUUUUAGGUAGACUUGAUUGGGUUAAAGUUGUGAAGCGUCCGGCGUGCAAGCGUUUCGAUGUCACUGUGUAUAUCGACUGUGAUAAACCUCUGAUUUUGUACCGCCCCUCCAACAGCCAGUUUUCCAUGUUGUGCCGUUACUGUAGAGAAGGGAUUAAAAGAUACUGGUCCAGAGGAAUUUCCUAUGCCGGAAGUACUUGGAAAGUGAAUGUCAACACAGUUUUAAGAAGCAGAGGUGACAGGAAGAAAAUUAAGCUUCAGUGGCGAAAAUCGUCUAGUCGUUCACACAAUUCUGACAUCUUGAAAAUGACGGUGAAAUAUUUGAGCAAGAGAAGUGAUGCUGCUGCCCUCUUCAAAGAGACCUGCGCUCAUGAGAUCGGCCAUUCUUUUCUCAGAGAUGCCCACGGCAUUAAAUACAGUUGGGGACAUAAAGGUACCUCAAGCAUCUUUGGAGGAAGAAAAUCAAGUGCGCCAUCUUACCCCAGCAGCGGAGAGAUAGACCUGAUGAAGUACUACAAGGGCAGUGCCAGUAAUUUCUAUAGCAGAGUGGUCGCCGCCGAAAGUGAUGUGGAGGAUUUAGUGUUCAAAGUUAGAGACAGUUACACCACUAAUUCUGGUAAAUGUUGAUUGUCAGGCUUUCCCUUUACCUUUUGAGAAAAGCUGAAGGAACGUAUUCGAAAAGAACUGGGACGCUUUUGAGAAGAGUGCAAAACUAUAAAUGUAA